GCGGAGUGCUGACAGUGAGCUUCGUGCGGGCGCGUAGAGCGGACGUGAGCGCCAGUGAGUGCGAGCAAGCAUCCCGAGUGUAGCUGCAGCGAUCGAGAUACGAACACAGUCAUGGAAGUCGCGGGUCAGUGGCGGCGGGAGUGGGCUGGAACGGCCGAAUAUGGAAAGGUUACUGAAGGCGGUGUGACGAAGCGCGUGGCGCGUGCAAUGGAGGUGCUGCACGCAAGCGCGCCGGGUGCGCGAGUGCGGGUGCUCCGCGCCGCGUACCACUCCACCGCGGGCCCGGGGGUGCCAGCCGCCUCUUACAUGCUACAGUCCUCCAGAAGGGUAAUAUCUUCUGGAUAUGACUUCGUCGAACCAACAUCAUUGCCGUCAAAGCCUUUGGAGAUAUCUUCGAUACCUUUAGAGAUGGUAGAUUCAGAUGUUGAGAAACAGAAUUAUAAAGUAACCGAACCCGAUGACUUAGAUAUAUCAGAACCGUCAAAAUGGCGCAGCGGUGCCGGAAGGAGUUCGAUACGAAUGCCGAGUGAAGAAUCUUCAUCGGCCGACAACGCCAGCAUUAUUGACCUCGAUUCCAGAACAAAUCGAAGAAAUUCCUUUAAAAGUCAUUUAUUCGAACACAAUGAGGGCAGGAUAACGCCAACCCAUCCUAAAAAUAACCGAGUAUCACCAUUAUUAGAUGCACCUGUAACACUAAGUACCCUUAAAUACAAAUCUCUCUUAAAUGGCAGCGACGACUGGAAUAACAGACGAAAGAGUUAUAGUUUUGAAGAUACAGCACCAUUAAAUAAAAUAAUUUUAGAUAGAAAAGACCGAUUUGCAAUUGAAUCUUCUACCGACAGUGGCAUUUGUAAGUCUUCUGAAAUCGUGAACGAUGUAGACACUGCACGCCAAUAUAAGAAGGACAGAAAGUCUGAACCACAGGAUGAAACAUUUAAAGAUUGGCUGUAUAAGAACAGAGCAAGUCACGUCAUGAAGCCUGUCAAAGAGCAUAGCGUGACACCGGACCGGCUUAGUGACAAUAAUAUAACACUGCAGUCUUCAGGAAAAGUAUGCAUCACACUUCCAGUAGCAAUCGAAACAGGAAAUGGUUACGAGUACAGGAAAUCACAAAACGUUGACGAAAAUGAUCGUAAAUCCAAAAAGGUAGAAUUUUGUAAAACUGAAUUACAUUUUGCGGCAGAUACAGGAACCGUUAAUAUAAUUGCCACAGAUGAAAAACCACCCCCUACAAACGAUUUUAGACGACGGAGGAGUGCCUUUGUUCCUAUUAGCGAUAGAUUCGAGAAGUCUGUCACUUUGUUCGGCGAAAAGACUGACUUCCACGGAAGUGGUAAAAGUGAAUAUUUUUCUAGUUACAGCACUAACGAUGUUGGUGACUCCGAUGAGAAUACAGCAGCUACAAAAAGUAUUCUCAAAAAUAAAAUUCCGAAACCCAAGCCAUAUCUCUUAGGAGAGAACAUGUCACUUGGGGACGAUGAUAAUGUUAAUAAUGUGAUUAAAAACAGCAGUGUAGAUGAUAACAAUGGCAUAUCUGGUGUUACUCUUGUUAAUGCCCAACUUCAGGCAGACAAAAUAUACAGUAACGAAACUAAGCCUAACUAUUCAACUAGUUCUGGCUCAACUGCUUUUCUUCAUAGAUCUUAUAGGACCACCAAUGAAGGUACCUUCAGACAAGGCAGUUUUAGGAACACUACAAAGCCAGUAAUGGAAACUAACAAACCAUUGCAAUUAAGUAAUGAAAAGGAUGAAAAAUUUUCAACUAACUCUGUUAAAAGAAAAUUACAAAUGAUUCAAAAAUCGCCAACACUAGGAGUUUCGAAUACGCGCCAGCUGAGAGAAAGCGAUCUAAUGUAUUUUGGCAUUGCAAAAGAUCGGGAAUGCGAUUCAAAAUCGCAUGAACGCCAUGAAAAUAAAUUAUACGACAAAAACAAUGAGCAAGAGGAGAUAUUUGAAUCAGUCAGAUUAGUUCGAAAAAUUUCUAACAGUGUUUGCAGCAGCGAUAUGGAAUCAGACGAGGCGCCCGAAUACCAAAAUAUAUUGUAUAAAACAAAUUAUACGCCUGUUCCCGCUCCUCGGGGACGUAACAAAUAUGACACGGAAAUAGAAAUAAAAACAAGGAAUUUGAAUUCAAUAGAAGAGCAAGAUAACGACGAUGUUCCGACGACUUUAAGAAGGUCCAGAUUGAGGAGACAAGAGACGACCAGCUCUUCAAGCCGUAGUAUAUCUGAGCCACCGAAGGCUAACAGGUUGCGCCAUAAAGAACAUAACCCACAAAAGAGUAGUUCAAGAAAUUCUCCUACCUUGCGUGCGAAGAGGAACGAAUUUAAGAAGGAACAUGAUAUAGCAGAAGAAACAGUUUCUAAAGAUAGUUCGUCAUUGUACGUCAAUCUAAGGCCAAAAGAAAGACACAAUUCAAAUGAUAAAAAAGAUGUAAAUCAGCAAUAUCGCACAAAACCGCAAUCAAAUCUAAAUGAAAAAAAUAACACCAUGGAACGUAUAAAAGCUAGAAAUACUAAUCACGAUGAAGAAAGAAAGAAAAACGUUACAAGAUCAGAUUCGCUAAAGAACAAAAGCAAUAUAAACGAAAGUUCACCAACGCGUAAAACUAGAGUUCAAAGAACAGAAAAACUCGUUACUCCUGAACUACCUCAUAGUGGGAGAAGGAAUAGAAACGAGGAAAUUAUUUACGAUAGAAACAAUAAAACGCGUGAUAAAGAUUUAACAUCUGGUCAGAAGGACCAUCGGAUACGAUCACUGCAUCGUCACGUAAAACCUGUACUUGAUAACAACUCCUUGAAAAAAGAAGACAAACUAAAAGCGGAUGCUGCUAAAGAGUUUAAAGAAAAUUAUGAUAUGAAACAUAUUAUACAUCCCACUAUUAAUAAUAAUUUAACCAGCAUUUCACAAAAAUCAAAACCAUCAAAGAACAAAAUACCCGACAAUUAUGAGAUGAAAAAAUCUAGAAGAAGUGAGUAUGUCAUAAAUUACGAUGACAAAGAAGGAACUGUGUCAUCUGUAAGAAAAGUAAGACCAAAACAUGGUUCUGAAAUUAAAAACCGUUCUGCUAAAGAGAAUAAAGAAAAUGCUACUAUAGAACAUAAUGUUAGAAUUAAACAAAUAAAUAAAAUAGCCCUACGUAAGUAACUCGUAUGCACAUGAUACUCAUUUAUAACGUAAACAUAUAUAACAUGAAAAUAUUUCAGAAAAGAUUCCUGAUCAGAAGGAAAACGGAUUUAUGGUUAAGGACAGAAAAUCAAAAAAUGUUCAUAGACCUUGCCAACUUUUAUAAUAGAAUACUAGUCUACUUAAUUUAAUCGUGAAAGAAUUGCUGGAAAGUUAAAUCACAAAGUGAUUUAUGAAAGUCGGUUUGUUUGUUGCUGUUUUAUGGGGAACGAAGUGUAACAAUGAUCUCACGGUGAUUUUUUCUAAUAAUAACGAUUUUGUAUUUCCUCUAAUAAUGCUAAACUCUAACCUUAUAUUAACAGUAAUAUAAAACACAUUUUAAAUUAC